AUGACGAUCCAACCGGGCGAUUUCGACAACCUGGCGAUCUUCACGCCCAUCCUGCAGUACGCCGGUGACGCGAGCAAGGCAGCGUUUACGCUCGACUCGGGCUCGCUCGGACCUGGACCCGAGGGAGUGCUGCUGCAGCUCAAGGCGGCACAGCAGGCCAAGAUUUCCACUACUGACUACCUGAUGUACGGCUACGUCGAGGCGACGCUGCGGCACGAUGCUCGUCAGGGCGUCGUAGCGGCGUUCAUCACCAUGUCCGAUGUCAAAGACGAGAUCGACUGGGAGUGGACAGGCGCCAACUCGUCCGAGGCCAAGACCAACUAUUUCUACAUGGGCGAGCCUGUGCUGGACCAUGGCACGGACGUCCACAUGACCGGAAACAAUGUCAGUGACUGGCACACUUACGGCCUGAACUGGACAAGCUCUCAACUGCAGUGGACGAUCGACGGCAAUGUCGUACGUACGCUCACUCGCGAUCAGGCAGGUGCCGAGUAUCCCCGAUCGCCGGCUCGCAUUCAGUUCAGCACCUGGGCUGGCGGCAACGAGACCAACCCCGAGGGCACCAUCGACUGGGCAGGUGGGCCGAUCGACUGGACCACGCCCGAGUACAAGAAACAGGGCUUCUAUUCGCAGGAGAUCAAGCAGUUUGCCGUCCAGUGCGCGAGUCUGAGCAGCCUCAACCUCACAAGCGCCUCUGGAGGUGCGGGAGGCACGGGAGGUGGAAACGUCACCUCGUUCGUCUAUACGGGCGCCAACUCGUCCUCGACCUCGGGACCGGCGUUCGGAACAAGCACAGCGCCAUUGAGGAUCCUCUCUGAUCCAGGUGCCGAUGGCAUUCCUGGCUACCCGGGAUUCAUGAGCGCCUCUGACUCGUCUACGUCCGACAGCAAGGACGGCAAAGCUUCUGCCUCGUCGUCUGGCAAGGAUUCGGGUAAAGACAACGGAGGCAAGGGCCAAGAUGGCGACAAGAGCAAAGACGACGACAAGGACAGCAAGGCAUCCGCCAAAGACGACUCUGCCAACAGCUCUUCUUCUUCGACCUCGGAUGCACUCAAGUAUGCGCUGCCGAUCUCGGGAGCGAUUGUUGGCCUAGCGGCUGCGUGGGGGCUGGUUGCAUUUGUGCGUGCACGCCACCUGAAGGCGCCGAUCAUCAAUGCGAUCGGCGUGACGGGCGUCAACGAUCCACGCUUCUCCGGACCAUCGAAUCGGGGCUACGUGCAAGCGGCAACAGGCAUGCACGCAGCAAGUUUCCACGACCUCGAGGACGAUCCACAGACAGUGUAUCGCAACGAGCCCAACAUGAACCUAAUGAUGGGCGGCGGCAUCAUGUCGGAUGCGGGGCUCUCGCAUCUGCAGCGCCAGACGACCGGGUCGUCGCGCCUGACGCGCAAUUCGUCGCGCACCAUCACGGAUCGGCUGCUGCGAAACCAGAGUCGAAAGUACCAGCAGCUGGACGCAACGACGGAGGAGGAGGGUAUGGAAGAAGCGGCGAGGCAUACGCUCAGCAGUGUUGUGACGAGCAGAAGACACGCGGAUUCGAAUGCCAACGCGGCGAUGGAGUACGUGACACACGACAGCCGAACAGCGGAAGACAGACACGAGUACGCAGUGCGCGAGUCUGGCCGGCCGGGACACGGAUAUCGUGGCGACUACGACGCAAGGAUGCCGGACGGCGGUAUGGAUAGCUGGGAUCCGACGCCGGUCUCGAGUCCAGUCAAGGCCGGAGCGAUGAGGAGCUCGUACCAUCAACCAGCGAGAGGGCCGGAUAGCUCGUUCGAAGCGUGUCAGUUGCAGUCGCCGCAGCGACGCGCACUACCCGUACCCGUAACGCCGUACACGCCCAACUAUGCACAAGCGCCGCAACGGCCAUCAGGAAGGAUGUACGACACGCCGAACGUCAACUACUAUCCUACGCCGGUCAUUGCGCCAAACGAAGGGUACAUGGCUGGCGUGGCACCGCACUUUGGCGGUGAGCAUGUAUACGCGCCUGUCGACGGAGCCAUGGGUGGGGCUGGGUAUGCGCCCACACCGCCACCACGCCGGCACUACCACUAG